AUGUGUAGUGCUAAGACAACAGGAGAGCUGACAAGAGGUCGGGUCAUGACAGAAAUGCAACAUCUGUUUUGGAUCCUAUUAAAUCCAGCAUGUGCUGAGAUCAAUAAUACCAUGCAAGAGUUUACUUCUGUCACAUAUUCUACCGGUGAUCAACACAAAGACCUUAUGUCCACAAGGCUUCAAAAGGAUAUGAUUGGCACACAGGACCAUCUAAGCUACUUAGUACAACGAAACUCCUUCAGCUCAGAGCCAACUUUAAUAAAUAUAGCAACAUGUGUAACAGUCAGUUCAUCUGUAAAUGCUUAUGACGUGAAAGUUGUGGGUCAAAGCAUCUUGACAUCAAUGGAAGGAAAGGUGGUCACCGAUUAUACAUUUCGAAAAAAGACCCAAGCCGUCAAAAUGGAUGUUAAGACAUGUGUCAAGAUCCGGGACGAGGAGGUGCAUGUGGACCCUCAGCUUCUUUUCCAACGGUUGAUAACAGCUGGCAUUAGAUGUAGUGAUUUGUCUGAAAUAUUCGAGUAUGAAUUAUGCACCUAUACAUCAGCCGUAUUUGAAUCCAGAUACGUUAUAAGGCCAGCCAAUAAGUCGACUCUUUGA